GGCCCCGCUGAGGCGGGGGACGGGACAGCGGCGAGGCCUAGAGCCGGGCCCGGCUGGCUGCGGGGGCUGUUGCGGGGCUGGGGUAGGCCCGGAGCCAGGCUUCGGCCGGUGCUGGGGAUCGGGGCCGUCGCUGGAGGCCCGGAGGCGGCUUUUGGGCGAGGAGAUUUAAUUUUGGGCUCUGAAGGUGAAGCGAUAGCGAGGUUUCGACCCGCGCCGGCUGCCGGAGCGGGGGCCAGGAGGGGGCAGAAAGAGGAAGCAGGAACCCAGAGCCUUGCUGGCACCUGGGUGGGGGCUGCCAGCCCUUCCGGCUUCGCGCUGGUGCCCACGCCAGCGUGGGGAGCGCCUCGAGGUUGCCUCAAUCCUCCAAAGGAGCUCGAGGCGAGGAGGAGGAGAGCCUCUCGGCCACCGCCAUGGCAGCUGCGGCGGUCCUGGGAGACGGGGUGCCUUCGGGGGGCUCCGGCGGGCGCCUGAACCCCGUGGAGACGCUGCAGGAGGAAGCCAUCUGCGCCAUCUGCUUGGACUACUUCGUGGACCCCGUCUCCAUCGGCUGCGGGCACAACUUCUGCCGCGUGUGCAUCUCGCAGCUGUGGGGGGGUGAGGCAGAGUACGAGGCGGCUCCGGGGGACGCUGGGGCCGGCGGGGACGUGGGCAUGGGAGACGUGCUGGAAGACGAGCUCGAGGAUGACGAGGAUGAACUCGAUGAUGAUGAGCUGGAUGUGGAGCAGGAGGAGGAGGAGGAAGAUGGUGGGCCUGAGGAGGAGGAAGAAGAUAUGUGGAGCGAAGAAGACGACGACACCGAUCUGUGGGAGGUUCCUGUGGAGGAGGACAUAUGGGACGGUGGGGUUGGGGGGGAGCUUUACUUUGGGGACGAGGACUAUGAUGAGGAUGUGAUGGAGGAAGAUGUGGAGGAAGAGGAGGAGGUGGAAGAGGAAGAAGAAGAGGUGCAGACGCCGCCGCCUCCUGUGCUGGCCACGCGGCCUCGACGCCUCCAGACCUUCACCUGCCCGCAGUGCCGCAAAACCUUUUUCCAGAGGAAUUUCCGACCCAACCUCCAACUGGCCAACAUGGUGCAAAUCAUCCGCCAGCUGCACCCACACCCUCAGCGCCUCGCUCCGCCUGCGGCUGGCCCUUCAGCCUCGGGCUCUGCAGCUGGGGGCCCCGGGGCUCUGGCAGCGGCGGGUGGCCAGGGGUCUCCAAACCUGUGCGAGAAGCACCAGGAACCCCUCAAACUCUUCUGCGAGGUGGACGAGCAGGCCAUCUGCGUGGUGUGCAGGGAAUCCCGGAGCCACAAGCAUCACAGCGUCGUCCCCCUCGAGGAGGUCGUUCAGGAUUAUAAGAACAAACUCCAGAGCCACCUGGAGCCCCUGAAGAAGAAGCUGGAUGCAGUCCUGAAGCAGAAAUCGAGCGAGGAAGAGAAGAUCACAGAGCUGAGGGACAAGAUGAAGCUGGAGAUCAAGGAGUUCGAGUCCGACUUUGAGCUGCUGCACCAGUUCCUCAUUGGAGAGCAGGUCUUGCUCCUGCACCAGCUGGAGGAGCGCUACGAGAGCUUGCUGGCCCGCCAGAGCAGCAACAUCAGCCAGCUGGAGGAGCAGAGCGCGGCCCUCAGCCGGCUCAUCGCCGAGGCGGAGGACAAGAGCAAACAGGACGGGCUGCAACUGCUCAAGGACAUCAAAGGCACUUUUAUCAGAUGUGAGAACAUCAAGUUCCAGGAGCCCGAGAUGGUGCCGGUGGACGUGGGGAAGAAAUACCGCAACUACUUCCUGCAGGAUGUGGUGAUGAGAAAGAUGGAGAAAGUCUUCAGCAAAGUCCCUCAAGCCGAUGUGACCCUGGACCCUGACACUGCCCACCCCCGCCUGAGCCUCUCCCUGGACCGGCGCAGCGUCAAGCUGGGCGAGCGGCGCCAGGAGCUGCCGGACAACCCCAAGCGCUUUGAUUCGGAUUACUGCGUGCUGGGCUCGCAGGGUUUCACCACCGGGCGCCAUUACUGGGAGGUAGAAGUGGGGGGCCGGAGAGGCUGGGCCGUGGGCGCAGCCCGCGAGACAGCCCGCCGUAAAGAGAAGGUCAUGGGCCCCCACCAGAAGCGGGAGAUCUGGUGCGUGGGCACCAACGGGAAGAAGUACCAGGCGCUCACGGCCACGGAGCAGACGGCCCUGUCGCCCAGCGAGCGGCCCCGACGCUUCGGCGUCUACCUGGACUACGAGCGGGGCCAGCUCUGCUUCUACAACGCUGAGAGCAUGACCCACAUCCACACCUUCAAUGCCUCCUUCCACGAGCGCAUCUUCCCCUUCUUCCGCAUCCUGGCUAAGGGCACCCGCAUCAAAAUCUGUGCCUGACGGCCAGCCCUCGUCCUUCCACCGGCCGCCUCUACCCACGCUGGAUCCGGCCUCACCCUGGGAUCCAGCCUUGCACACGGCCACGCUCCCCCUUUCCCUUGGGCCUCUUUUUGAGGAUCCAACGCUGCACUUGUCUUCUUGCACCUGCUUGCUCACAAGGCCUCUCCCCCCUGCCCGACUCUGUCCUUGUGCCAGCUCCUUGUCGAGAUUUCACUGCAGCCUUCCCAGCCAGCCGAGCCGCUCCAAAGGCAGUUUGCAUUCGGAGGAGGGAAGAGUUGCCCUGUGGGCAGGCUGGGGAGGUGAAACAGGCAUUUUCACUUUGGCUCUUGCUGCCCAGGACUUCUCUCUACCUUCCCCAGUCGACGCAUAAGCUUCCCAGCAUGCUCUCCACUCACCUUGUGCCCCACGCGUCAGGUUUUGAGGUAUCAUCUCCCGCUCUCCUUGGACGUGGAGCUCAAGCCCUAGCGUGCCUGCGGAUGCCGUGAGUCUGUACGUUGGGGAGCGAGUGCUGGCUCUUGCCCCCUUGAACUCCCAGCAGUGCUUGAAGCAUUGACUUUCAAAAGCCCCGUUGCACCAAGGUGCUUCUGAACCUGGAUUUCUUGGCAGCAGUGGAUUUGCUUUCUGAGUUUCUCCUCCUUCAUGCCUGGCUGGCAUUCGGACCUCGAGUCGAACCCGCUUUAACCUGCGAUGUUCUCCAGUUCUGGCACUGUUCGCCUUCCCUGUGUCUCCCAUCCUUGCCUCCUCCCUGCUCUUCCUCCAUCAGGCACUGAGUCAGGGUCACCAGAUCCCCACUUCAAACCCCAGCCCUACCCCCUGCCAUCUCCUUUGUAACCGUUUCUUGUGGGCCUGGCACUUUAUACGGGGCUGCCUGGGCCAGGGAGAGUGCAAAUAGGUGGUUUCCCCUUCCAGAGCCGAGACCCUCUGGGGUUGGGCUGCUGGAGGGAGCCACGGUGGUGCCGCAUCACCAGCCUUCCUCGCUCAGCGCACUCUCCAGGCCAUGGUGGUGGGAACCAGUCUCCUGUUUCCCCUCGCAGCUUGAGAGCUCUCUGAGGUGGGGAUAUUUAUUUUCUCUUCCUUUUUUUUCUUGGUUGCUGUUGAGUUUCCAGCUGAAUCCUGUCCCACUAGAGAGACUCUGACCGCACCUGUUGUGUUUUUCUUCUUUUUGUUGGUGGAUUGGUUUUUUUUUUUUUUUUCUUUUUUUUUCUGCUGGCAUUACAGAGCUAGUUCAAAAUAUUUUUGGCUAAAAUGAGAAUUAAAUGGAGAUUUAGUUUUUUGAAAUGUCAAGAAAUAAUAAUAAUAAACAAUAAGGUUGUAAACGUGAGUCUCUUGCU